AUGCACAAGGCGGCCGAAAAGAAUGGAAAACGUUCCGUCCAAACAGCUAACGAUGCCAUGUCUAAAUUGCACCUGCCAGUAGACCCAAAGACAUCGAAAGUUCUUGAAAUCCCACAGGCUCCGAGGAUACUGGGGGUGAAGCGACAUGUAUUUGCUGUCCACACAGCGCCAUGGUACAAGAGCUUGUCACAGGGUGACCAAAACAAAUACAAAGCUGAGCAAAUACAAGCCUCUGGUAUUCCAAAGUCCGGCGGACCUUGCCAGCGCUGUGUUGUACGCGGAUUACCAUGUAGGGUGUUAAACCCAAAUUCGAAAAUUGCAGAGUUCACUCGGCCGAGCAGAUGCGCACUUUGCAUCGUUGACGAGAGCACGGCCGAAAACAUCAGCAGAAGUUGUACAUUCAAUGAUGAUGGAAUAACCCAUGCCGAGCACGAGGCAAGCCUUCCGAUUUUUACAGGAAAUGUUCCUCUGCUCUGGGGCCCUUCUGGUCUGGAAAAGCCUACACCAGCACCGGUAAAAUGUACCGACAACAAAUCUUCGAUAUUUAUUCCAUCACCACUGGAGGACGAAGUGAUCAUGCAGUAUCCUCUUGAAUCUGCAGAGGUACAAGAACGCCUGGAAACCAUUCAUCGCUUUGUCGAUUACACUUUAGACAUGCUCGCCAGCGAGAAUAUCAUACGGAAUGAUUGUCUUCCACUUUCUGGGCCCAACAUUGCCCAGAUAAAUGAUCACGACCGGAACAAUAGGAAAAGCAUAACAACCGUUUCACUCCUUGUGAACUCUUUACGAAUCAUGAAUCUAAGUGAUAUUCCCGACUACUUCCAAUCUUCAAGCCUGGAAAAAUUGAGCAUGAGAACAAUAUUUCGGGCGUUGGUAUCACGAUAUUUGUUGGAAGCUGUUUUUUCGCGCAUGCCAAAAGACAUAGAACAAUUUCGAGCCAGUAUAAACCCCCACUUGCAAGGACAUCCCGAGAAGAUUGAUAAUGCGGUUGAGAAUUAUUUCUGUCUUCGGAACAACAGCACACGCUUUGUCGACGACCCAAUAAGAACUGGAUACGGAGAUCUAUGUUAUCUCCCAGAUAACUUUACCUUUCAGGAAAUUGGCAAGGAGUUAGUCGACGUACUUCUACCUCUAUGUCUUCUCAGCGGAAAGACUCGACAAGAAAUCGUCACUGCUUGCACGUCAUCGUGUACCGAAAUUGCUUAUCUAGCCAGCGAGUUGAAUCUCAUCGUCAAAGCCAGACCUCGAUCACCGGUCACAUUCUAUAGUCCUGUGCGAGGGGAUGUUGUUUCUGAGGACAAUUUUCGUCUGUUCCAUGAUAACCGCAGACAGUUUGGUGAGGUACAAAUAACGCUAUUGCUCGGUAUCAAACCUGCUGGCAAUCCGUCGAGGCCUUAUGCUGCUGCACGAGUCGAGCUUUUGAGAGAUGGAGAGGCAUAGAUCGAGGCUGGAAGUAGCCCUGAACUAAAUGAAAAGAGUUGAGCAGGUUAAUGGUUAACGGUUGAUGGUUUGAGAUGGUAGUAUUUGUAUCUGAUCACGUUGAAUGGCGAUAUAUUUAGGUAGUUAUACAAGGGCAGUAUGAAGAUCAAUUCCAUUCUGGUAUUGAAAUCUUGCGUCUUGAUCGAUUGUGAAGAUUAAUCUUUUAUGCAUGGGUGGGUGAGUGAGCGAGCGGUCAUGAGGUAUUAUAUACUUUCGGGUGGGAUGAGUAGCGCAAAUCGAUAAAAGUCUACCUAGAUAGGUAGGUACGAACUCAAUAUCAGAGACAGUGCACCGCAUAAUUAAGGUUAUACAGGAUGCGAGUGACCUAUCGUUUGGUGA